AAGUGAAGAUGAAAAAUGAAUUAUGCAAAGUGAACUAACAAGUGAUCUCAUUGUGGAUUUUGAUAAUCCUCAUAGCAACUAUGCGGUUCAGUUGUACAAAUUCGACUUAAUUAGCAUGCCUCGUCAAGGUUGGCUCACAAGUGGAGUUAUUGACGGAUGCGCCUUCAUGUUCAAUAGGCAAGAAGAGGAAUCACCUUCUGCAACAAGGAGAUUCUGGUUUAAUAUUAUGCCUUUUAACUAUAUCAAUUGGUUGUGUGCUGAGAAGGUAAAAAAGGUUCAGUUUGAGAGUGAGAUUGCUGAAAAUGAGAUUAUUUUGAAAAAGCUGGAGGGCACUAGUCAGUAUGAUCAGAAGUUGAAGGAAUGGGAAGAAAGAAGAAAAAGCUGAUUACAAAAGAUGAUGAUUUAUUACUACAAGAAAUGUA